GACGGCGACGGUUGCCAGGGCGACAGGAGCUUCCGAAAGCCGUUGGUACUCUAGAUUGGAGACUUAGAAGUUUCUUUGUUGCAGGCUUUGACUGCUGGGCUCGUCCUCUCGGGGUCCCCAGGAUGUUCUUUUACCUGAGCAAGAAAAUUGCCAUUCCCAAUAAUGUGAAGCUGAAGUGUAUAUCUUGGAACAAAGACCAAGGAUUCAUAGCAUGCGGUGGUGAAGAUGGAUUACUGAAAGUUUUGAAAUUGGAGACACAGACAGAUGAUGGAAAGUUGAGGGGUCUUGCAGCCCCUAGUAACCUUUCUAUGAAUCAGACUCUUGAAGGGCAUAGUGGUUCUGUUCAAGUUGUCACAUGGAAUGAACAAUACCAGAAGUUGACUACCAGUGAUCAAAAUGGUCUUAUCAUUGUUUGGAUGUUAUAUAAAGGCUCAUGGUAUGAAGAGAUGAUCAACAAUAGGAACAAAUCAGUGGUUCGAAGUAUGAGCUGGAAUGCCGACGGACAGAAGAUCUGCAUCGUGUACGAAGAUGGGGCUGUGAUAGUUGGUUCUGUGGACGGGAAUCGCAUUUGGGGAAAAGACCUGAAGGGUAUACAGUUAUGCCAUGUAGCCUGGUCCGCAGAUAGCAAAAUCUUACUUUUUGGAAUGGCAAAUGGAGAAAUACACAUUUAUGAUAAUCAGGGGAAUUUUAUAAUGAAAAUGAAACUCAAUUGUUUAGUGAAUGUCACUGGAGCAAUCAGUAUUGCUGGAAUUCAUUGGUACCAUGGCACAGAAGGCUACGUGGAGCCAGAUUGCCCUUGCCUUGCUAUUUGCUUUGACAAUGGGAGAUGCCAAAUAAUGAGACAUGAAAAUGACCAAAAUCCUGUUUUAAUUGAUACUGGCAUGUAUGUAGUUAGCAUCCAGUGGAACCACAUUGGCAGUGUGCUAGCUGUGGCAGGCUCCCAGAAGGCCAUCACUCAGGAUAAAGAUGUAAACAUUGUACAGUUUUACACUCCAUUUGGUGAGCAUCUGGGUACUUUGAAAGUUCCUGGAAAGCAGAUGUCUGCACUAUCCUGGGAAGGAGGUGGACUGAAAAUUGCUCUAGCUGUUGAUUCUUUUAUAUAUUUUGCAAAUAUUCGACCUGAUUAUAAGUGGGGUUAUUGCUCAAACACUGUAGUUUAUGCGUAUACCAGACCUGAUCGUCCAGAGUACUGCGUUAUCUUUUGGGAUACAAAAAACAAUGAGAAAUAUGUUAAAUAUGUCAAGAGUCUCAUUUCUAUUACUACCUGUGGGGAUUUCUGCAUUUUGGCUACAAAAGCUGAUGAAAAUCAUCCUCAGGAGGAGAACGAUAUGGAAACAUUUGGUGCAACGUUUGUGCUAGUUCUUUGUAAUUCUAUUGGCACACCCCUGGAUCCCAAAUACAUUGAUAUUGUACCAUUAUUUGUUACAAUGACCAAAACCCAUGUGAUAGCAGCUUCGAAAGAAGCGUUUUAUACCUGGCAAUAUCGUGUGGCAAAGAAGCUCACAGCGUUGGAAAUUAAUCAGAUCACACGGUCUCGAAAAGAAGGCAGAGAAAGAAUUUAUCAUGUUGAUGAUACUCCUUCUGGGUCAGUGGAUGGGGUGCUUGAUUAUAGUAAAGCCAUUCAAGGAACAAGGGAUCCAAUUUGUGCCAUAACUGCAUCUGACAAGACAUUGAUUGUGAGUCGUGAAUCUGGCACCAUUCAGAGAUACAGUCUUCCUAAUGUUGGUUUGAUUCAAAAAUAUUCCCUUAAUUGUCGAGCCUACCAGUUAUCCUUGAAUUGCAACUCCAGUCGUCUUGCAAUCAUAGACAUCGCAGGAGUUCUAACCUUCUUUGACUUGGAUGCUCGGGUAACAGACAGCACAGGACAGCAAGUCACCGGCGAGUUGUUAAAAUUGGAGCGAAAAGAUGUCUGGGAUAUGAAGUGGGCCAAAGAUAAUCCUGAUCUGUUUGCAAUGAUGGAGAAGACAAGGAUGUAUGUUUUCAGAAACUUGGAUCCUGAGGAGCCCAUUCAGACUUCUGGAUAUAUUUGUAACUUUGAGGACUUAGAAAUCAAAUCUGUUCUUUUGGAUGAGAUAUUAAAGAAUCCAGAACAUCCAAACAAAGAUUAUAUCAUUAACUUCGAGAUUCGGUCCCUGCGAGAUAGCCGAGCACUGAUUGAGAAGGUUGGAAUUGAAGAUGCAUCUCAAUUCAUAGAGGACAAUCCACACCCCCGACUUUGGCGCCUGCUGGCUGAAGCAGCUCUUCAGAAGCUGGAUUUGCACACUGCGGAGCAGGCGUUCGUGCGCUGUAAGGAUUACCAAGGCAUUAAGUUUGUGAAGCGCCUGGGCAACCUACAGAGCGAGUCCAUGAAGCAGGCGGAGGUGGUCGCCUACUUCGGCAGGUUCGAGGAAGCAGAGAGAAUGUACCUCGAUAUGGACAGAAGAGAUCUUGCUAUUGGCCUCCGGCAGAAAUUGGGAGAUUGGUUUAGAGUACUCCAACUCCUGAAAACUGGAUCUGGUGAUGCAGAUGACAGUCUCCUUGAGCAAGCCCACAAUGCCAUCGGAGACUACUUUGCUGAUCGACAAAAGUGGUUGAAUGCUGUACAGUAUUAUGUACAAGGCCGGAACCAGGAGCGCUUAGCUGAAUGUUAUUAUAUGUUAGAAGAUUAUGAAGGAUUGGAGAAUCUUGCCAAUUCACUUCCAGAAAACCACAAGUUGCUUCCAGAAAUAGCACAAAUGUUUGUGAGAGUUGGAAUGUGUGAACAAGCAGUGACUGCGUUUUUGAAAUGUUAUCAACCAAAGGCAGCAGUGGAUACCUGUGUACAUCUCAACCAAUGGAACAAAGCUGUUGAAUUGGCUAAAAGUCAUAGUAUGAAGGAAAUUGGUUCCCUGAUAGCGAGGUAUGCAUCUCAUUUAUUGGAAAAGAAUAAAAUUUUUGAUGCCAUAGAACUCUACCGGAAAGCCAGUUACUUUUAUGAUGCUGCUAAACUGAUGUUUAAGAUUGCAGAUGAAGAGGCAAAGAAAAGAACUAAACCAUUACGUGUUAAGAAGCUCUAUGUACUAUCAGCUUUACUUAUAGAGCAGUACCAUGAACAAAUGAAAAAUGCCCAACGAGGAAAAGUUAAAGGAAAGAACUCAGAGGCCACUUCUGCUUUGGCUGGUUUGCUGGAAGAAGAAGCUCUGUCCACAACUAGUCGUUUCACAGAUAAUGCGUGGAGGGGGGCUGAGGCUUACCACUUCUUCAUCUUGGCACAGAGGCAGCUCUACGAGGGCAGUGCUGACAGUGCACUGAAGACAGCUCUUCACCUGAGAGACUAUGAAGACAUUAUCCCUGCCGUUGAGAUCUACUCUCUGUUGGCCCUCUGUGCAUGUGCCAGUAGAGCUUUUGGUACCUGUUCAAAAGCUUUUAUUAAACUUGAAUCUUUAGAGACCCUCAAUUCAGAACGGAAACAGCAAUAUGAAGAUCUUGCUCUAGAAAUCUUCACCAAACAUACUCCAAAAGAUAACAGAAAAUCUGAACUGGACAGCCUUCUUGAAGGAGGGGAAGGGAAACUGCCAACGUGUGUUGCCACAGGAAGCCCAAUCACUGAGUAUCAAUUCUGGAUGUGCAGCGUGUGCAAGCACUGUGUUCUGGCUCAGGAAAUCAGUAACUACAACUUCUGCCCCUUAUGUCAUAGUCCAGUGGGAUGAAGGAGUGACAAACUAUGUAUAAUUGGAGUGUUUAUUGUAAUAAAGUUGACUCUGAACAUCUUAUAUGAAAAUCAGCAUUAUUAUUUCAUAGUUGUAUUUUAUAAAAAAUUCAGUAGAUAACAUACAUGAUAUAUACACACAUAUAUAAAUUAUGUAUAAUUUUGUGUAAAAAUAUAACUGUUAAAUAAUGAUGCUAAUUUUCAUAGAAAGUGUAUGGAAAUCCAUCGUAUUGUCUGUCUGUUUAUCUAUCUUGUGGUUGUUUAUAUGAUACUAUGGAAAUAUUCCAAACAAGAAAUUUUUUUUCUCACAGUGUCAGGGUUACUAAUUCAUUAAAAAGCUUGGUGCAGGGGAGGAGGGAAUCAUGGGAAUGGGGCGAAGUUGAAUUUAGGGAAUUACCAUAACCUGUAAGAGAAGGAGGUUUAACAGCUGUAAUACUGAAAUGAGCACUAUCUGUAGCUGCAUUUAAUUAAAUAAGUUUCUUGAAUGUCUUCUCUUUUAUUUUUAGCAGUGAGGAGAAGGCAUUUUAAGACUUUUUACAAUUUGAAUUAUUUGUAAUAGCUUAUUUUUUAUAGAGAUUUUCCUUUUUUAUCUACCCUUUUAGUUUCAUCUAAGAGAUGGCAUUUGGCAUGUAAUCUUCAUAUUAUUGUGCCAAACACUUGGCUCUGUUUAGAAUGAUAUAAAUUUAUAAAAAGAUAUCCAGUUUAUAGUUAUAGAUUCAUUUGAAACAUUGUUGCUAAGCUGGACCUUUCAUUUAAACAACUCUUGGACUAUGGGGAGUGAUUCUCACUAUGCAUGUUUUGAGUCACUGUCAUUUAAAUUAAAAAGAAAAAAUUGUAAUCAGUAAUAGGUAAUUUCUCACCUGUUUUAUACAACUAAUAAUGUUCUCCAUUUAUUUCUCAUGAAUUUACAUCCUCUCAUUUUGUGGCUGCAGACCAGACGUUAGCACUAUUUUAUCAAGAUUAUAUGCAGAAUUUGGGCUGAUUUUAGUAGAGGCAAUACAGAGAAAUAUGCAACAUUGUUAUUGCAGCUUCAGUGCUUAGGUUAGUUCUCUCAAUGUGAUAUGUUUUUGGUUCUGUAGAGACAAGUUAAGCCUGUUGCAGAUUGAGAAUAGUGGGCUACGAGAAGAGGUUUAGAACCCAGAUGAGUUCAUGAUGGAUAGUGGGCUCCUGUGCCUAAGUAAAAUGAGGCCAGAAGUCUUAGAAGUCUUGACUGCAUUCACGUGCCUUGUGGGAAUUUACCUUGAUUUAAUGAUAGCCUCCAAAUACACUACCAGGCAAGCCAUUCCAGAAGUCACGGAACAGAAAAGGUUACAAACCACAUGAGAUGCUCAAAUCACAUGCUUUAUUGAAUCAGCUUGAAAUACACAGCGAAGAACAGGGAGAAAGUGAUGGGAUAGAUUAACACUAUUAGUGUAGGAUGCCAGUCAGGUAGAAAGAUUACGGUUCCUGAUUCCUGAGUUAUGUAUUGUUCUUAUGUCCUGGCUCCCACUCUGCCUUGUCAGCUUCCUCCUGAGUUGAGAUUUGAGCCAGGGGCCCCAAUCAAAUGGAAUGUGCUUGAGGCCAGUGAGGCACACUUGCUCUAUAGAAGAGGCAGUUUCACCUGGUCACAACUGUAGGUGCCAGUGAGCCCGCUGAGCAGUCAUGGAUUCUGUUUUAUUUCUUGGGCAGAGGACAGGCCAGAAGUGUCACCAAUGGGCAACUGAAUCAAGACCUCACACACAUGGAGCACUUUGUAUGUCUCAUGUAUAUCUAGUGUGUCAUGAAUACUUAGUGCCUUGGUUGCCUUUUGUAUUUUUAGUGCCUCAUCAAAUACUAGGCAGAGUCACAUACAUACACUCUAUUUACUAUGUCUAAUGAAUCUCAUAAGUUACUAACUUAUGUAAGUUUAACACAAUGAAUUUAAUCUAAUUGGUUUUCUCCUAUGACAGAAUAGAAUAUUCCCCCAAAUCUAACGAUGAGAUCAGCCCUAGGGAAUAUAUCUCCUGCUGAACUUAGUUCCUUCUUGCCACAAGACUGUUUUCACGAAUUGAACUAUUCUCUGCUUCAUUGAUAAAAGAGAAAUUUUCAGGGAUGUAGGCUUAAGGAUUCCUGCAGGACUGCACGUUCAGUGUUGUGAUUCUUGGUCCGUGGUCUAAUGCCCGAAUAUCUCUUCCUUCCCUUUCCCUUUCCCAUCCCAGGAAUCAGCUGAGAACUCAAAGUUAGAUUGCCAUUCCUCUAGCCCGCACUGUGACUUGUUGGUUACACUCCCAGUUGCCUCAGUUCCACAGUCAGCUGUUGACUCCUCAAGUUUUUCCUGGCAUAUCUUUUGGGAACUUUCUUUUGGAGCCUUCUCAUUUGCCACUAAUUCUUUGAUUCUUGAGCCCUAGAAUUUUUCCUCCAACUAAUUAUUUCAGAAAGAUCUCGAGUUGUUGCCAUUACUUCUUGUUCAGUUUAAUCCAGAAACAAAAAUCUCUAAAAAACAACCUCUCAUGCCUUGUAGACCUAAUUAUCACAUAUGUAUAUGUCUGUAUGUAUAUAUGCUUAUACACAUACAUACACCCACAUGCAUAUACACAUACAUAUACAUACAGACAUAUCUUCUCUACUAUUACAAAAGCUUAGGACUGUUUGAGAUUUAGAUCUGUGGACAUUUUAGUGAUCUGCCAUAAUGUCUUGGGGAUGGGCUUUGUCCUGCUUGAAAAUGGUGCUGGAGAAGGAUCCACAGUAUGAAUUGACCCAGUUGAUUUUAUUCAACAUGAAUGAAAUUUCAGGAUGACAACACCCACAAACCCUCCCCUGAUGAAAGGGGCAAACAGAAGCAAAAUUGUCUAUAUAUAACAAAUACUUAGAGAGAAUUUGGUUAGACAGAAAGAAACAGUAUGUUCAAGAUAAUACAAUGAAGGUUGUUCUCUUCUUGUAAUAAACAUGGACUGACUCCC